GCAUUUUUGUUUUGCCUUGUCGAUCGAUCAUAAACAAAUUAAAACGUUUCCAGGCGGGUUGAAUAUUCGGAUAUACUCAAAACUAGCUUCUUCAUUUGUUAGACUGUAAAUCAGCUUUUGGUUCAAUAUUUUCACCUCUGUAAUUGGUGGCGGAACUAAUAUUUACAGCGGUGGAUCUGUAGUUUUUAGGCACCAACUCAAUCAAGGGGAAGACAUCAUCAUCGCACAGCCUCAGAAUGUGUUGCAUUAUUGAGAAAAUAAUUCAUGUCUAAAUAAAUGCCAGUCACACACGUACAGAAGCCAUCCCAUCUUCUCUUUGAAUUGAAUUCAAUCAAAAAGAUAAAUACGAAUAUUUUUAAAGUUAUUGUAUUACCGUGGGGUCCUGUCAGAGUAUGCUCUAACUGAACCGGGUCCCAAAAAUAUCCUUCCCAUUCUGGUGAUGAGAUUCAUUACAAGUAGGUACUUCAUUUCGAAGCAUUAGCAGACACAGAAAUUCCACUUUCUUUUGUUUCUCAGAAGAAGAAGAAGAAGAAGAGGAAUAUCAUCAAAUAUACUCGUUCAUACAUACAUACAUACAGAUAAUGAGUAGCAGGGGUAGUAGUAGUCACAGGAGUAGGAGAGUUUCACCUGCAGCUGCUGUAACAGCCAGAACUAAAACAAGGAUCGGGAAAUACGAGAUGGGGAAAACGUUGGGAGAAGGAAGCUUUGCGAAGGUCAAGUAUGCUAAGAAUCUCGAGACUGGCGACAGCGUUGCCAUUAAAGUCCUUCACAAGGAUCAAGUUCUCCGCCAUAAGAUGGUCGAACAGAUAAAAAGAGAAAUUUCAACUAUGAAGUUGAUUAAGCAUCCCAAUGUCGUCCAGCUUCACGAGGUCAUGGCAAGCAAGACUAAAAUAUAUAUAGUGCUGGAAUUCGUUAACGGAGGCGAGUUGUUUGACAAAAUAGUCCAUCAUGGGAGGCUUAAGGAGGAUGAGGCUAGGAGAUAUUUCCACCAGCUCAUCAAUGCCGUGGACUACUGCCACAGUAGAGGCGUCUACCACCGAGACUUGAAGCCUGAAAAUUUGCUUCUGGAUUCAUACGGAACUUUGAAAGUUUCAGAUUUUGGAUUAAGUGCAUUCUCACCUCAAUCGAAAGGUGAUGGGCUCCUUCAUACGGCAUGUGGAACCCCAAAUUAUGUUGCUCCUGAGGUUCUCAAUGAUAAAGGUUAUGACGGCGCAACAGCUGAUAUAUGGUCUUGCGGGGUUAUCCUUUUUGUACUUAUGGCUGGUUACUUGCCGUUCGAAGAGUCUAAUCUUGGAGUUUUGUAUGAGAAGAUAUUCCGUGCUGAAUUCAUAUUCCCUUCAUGGCUCUCCUCCGAUGCUAAGAAAUUGAUUAAGCGUAUUCUCGAUCCAAAACCUGAAACCAGGAUAACCAUUCCAGAAAUUCUGAAAAAUGAAUGGUUUAAGAAGGGAUACAAGCCACCAAGCUUUGAACAUGAAGAAGACGUCAGCCUGGAGGAUGUCAAUGCUGUUUUUAAUGACGCAGCGGAUUUUCUUGUAACUGAAAAGAAAGAAAAGCCCGUUUCAAUGAAUGCAUUUGAGCUUAUUUCAAGGUCUCAGAGCUUCAACCUUGAAAAUUUGUUCGAGAAACAAGCGGGUCUUGUCAAGCGAGAAACAUGUUUCACUUCACAGCGUCCUGCAAACGAAAUAAUGUCUAAAAUUGAGGAAGCUGCUAAACCUUUAGGUUUUAAUGUGCACAAACACAACUACAAGAUUAAGUUACAAGGCGACAAGACAGGAAGGAAGGGCCAUCUUUCGGUCGCUACAGAGGUAUUUGAGGUGGCUCCAUCUCUGCAUAUGGUAGAGCUUCGCAAGACCAAAGGUGACACCUUGGAGUUCCACAAGUUCUACAAAAGCUUCUCGUCUGGCUUACAAGACAUUGUCUGGACCUCUAAAGCCAUCACAGAAGAGUCGAGGUGAUUUUCAGAUUCCUUGAAAACAUUUGGAUGAGAUGAAACCGGCCGUCAUGCUACAAGUAGUUGUGCAACAAGAAAUCCAAGCCUGGGCACUUGUCUGCCUGGUCACCUGCUGUAACUCUUUUGAUUGUACAUGUUUGGGAGAGUUGGUAAUUGUAAAUUCAAUGGUAGUUUGGGAGACUCAUGGAUGUGCGGCAUGAGUCUCU